UCCGAACGUGAGGUCAACGCUCAUAGCAACGUGAAAAUGACUCUACUCCAAGUCGCAGUUGCUGCUUUUCCCGAUACGCCUAUGCUAUUGUGCGCACUCGUGGUGCUUUUCCUCCUUAUUCUAUGGAAACAACACAAGACUAACGGCCUCCCCCCGGGUCCCUGGGGUCUCCCAGUUUUCGGGGUUCUCCCCUUCCUCGGGAGAGAUCCUCACCUCGUCAUGAUGGGAUGGCGACAUAUUCAGCGUAUUUUAUGCGCCGAUUACUGUGCGCGGCAGAGGGCUCAGCGAGAAUUUACCUUAAAAUACCUAGCAAAAGCUGACACCGAGAAACAAACUGAGGAUGAGAUAGACGCUCUGCUGCAGUACAUCCGAGAUACAAAUGGCGAACCUUUUGAUUUCAACAGCACCAUCAGUGCCACUAUAUCCAGCAUCAUAGAGAGUAUCUUGUUCGGAAGCAAACUUGAGCAAGAAGGCCCAAAUGUCAAAAUUUUGGUCGAUUCAAUACAAGCUGCAUCCAGAUUAAGCGCCCAGGCCUCGUUUCAGAACUUCCUGCCAUUUCUUUCGUUUUUACCGCAGUGUAGAAAUGGAAACGAGGCAUGGAAGGUAUUUGCAAGCCACGUCACAAGGCUGCUGGAACGGCACAUAUUGGGUUAUGAUGCACGCGCCACGAGAGGCCUGGUCGAUGCUUUUCUGCACCAAUCAAAACGCGGUGACUCGGAGAAUUAUUUUGCUUUCAAUGAUGAUGAUCUAAUAGCAAACUGCCAGACGCUGUAUAUUGGGGGAUCGGAAACCACUUCGACCACAUUAACUUGGGGAAUGUUGUUCCUCUUAUCAAACCCUGACGUCUGUGAAAAGAUCAAUGCAGAAUUGGAAGAAGUCGUAGGAAAGACACGACGCCCCAGUCUUGCCGACAGGCCGAAUCUCCCCUACGUUAACGCUACGCUAAUGGAAAUACAACGCUGCAAUUAUAUUGGACCGCUGUCGCUUCCUCAUAAAGCUAUACGUGAUACCACUAUUAAUGGCUACGUGAUUCCUGAGGGAACACCAAUUCUGGCAAACUUUUGGUCUGUGUUCAUGAAUGAAAAAAAUUGGCCCAAUCCUCGUGAAUUUCGACCUUCAAGGUUUUUAGACGAAGAUGGAAACUUGAAAAAGAUCGAGACUUUCAUCCCCUUUUCCCUAGGAAAGCGAUCCUGCCCGGGAGAGACUGUUGCUCGUCAGGAAAUGUUUCUGGUCGUUACUGCUUUGGUUCAGGCAUUCACGUUCCACGUGCCAGAGGGAGAGGCGAUUCCAGAUCCAGAUGGUAGCUUAGGACUCAUGUACGAGCCCCCGAGAUACCGGGUAUGUGCCAGACCAAGGGACUAAUUUAUAUCGCGACUCCUAGCCACCGGGAUUGCUGUGAGCAUAUGUGGAAGAUAGCAUACGUAAUAAAUUUUGAAGAAAUAAAUUUUGAAAUGCUGUCGCCUCCAUGAAUAUAUAUCUUUUUGUCCCUUUCGUUUGGGGAGCAAACAACUUUCUGCGCUUGAUUGUUUGUUGGUUAAUUAACAAUGUGAGAUGAAUUCGGCUGAUGGCCACACCCACCAAAUCCGUUUGGGAAAAUAAUUCACAUACCCAUUUUGCUGAAGCUCUUGGUGACAUGCAGACAUAAGGGAAUACUGAGUACUUGAUUUCACAUGCUCGCUCACCCGAUGAGGCGUUACCCUUACUUGAUGAACUGUU